GAUCGACUUUCAGCAACUCUCAGGUCGCCCAGACAAAUUGUCGACAGGCACUGCGGACACGCGCAUCAACGGCACCCGGAAACCCGGCAGCACAGAGAAACGGGGUACAUCCCGCCCAUAUAUUCGUGCACGGGAGUCGACGAUAUUGCCGCGGCCGCUAGCUCCCACUCUGGGCGCCGAACGAGAGAGAGAGAGAUCGCAUUGGUUGAGCUGAGUACUGGGGCCAAGUCCGGCGAUUCCAACCAUGUCCCGUCCUCGACCGUGAUCUCUUUUCUUUUAUUUUCACAAUGGCAAACCCGAAGGCAGACAUCCAUCAUGGCCAACCCCACGCCGUCCCGAAUUCCAACUCUCAGGCCGGGCAAACCCCCCCGGCAAUGGUCUUCACAAGGCCGUUCACCCUCUCCGAAGCUUUGCCCUACACGCCGUUCUCGUCGAUUGCGCCCUUUAACUCGGGUAUGCCUCUGCAAUCCCCCCACUCGCAACGUCCUCCAUCUUCUUGACGAUUCAUUCAAGUCCUGACCUAUUCAUCCCCAUUCACAGGCGUCAUCCCAUCGCCAUCAAUAAGCUCGGCUUCGCCCGCCCCGCCGGUAACCGACCUUAUACCGGGCAACGACUUUGCAGCGUUAAAUCAAGAGGCUGCAAACCACCACCACAGCCUUCCUUCCAAGCG